UGGGAAGAGAUAGAGCAGAUUUCGGCUCCCGGGGAGGCGUGGAGCUCAGUAUUUCUCACUCAGUGUUCGCAGGCGGUUCUUUCUCCUUGUUUUCCAUCUAGGGGCCCGUGGAAGGCCCUGCUCGCGCCCACUUGGGCCGGCGUCUGCUGCAGCCACCCUCGCCGGCCGCUCCUGCUCGGGCCAGCCGCGGCGAGGCCCCCUCCCCGCGGUCCUGCGGGUGUCAUUGGCGAAUGACCCGAGCCGCCGGAUCCUGUCCCUGAGCCGCCUGAACCUCGAUCAUGACUUCUGGCUGUGCAGGCCUCGCUGCCGCCGCCCGCCUCCUGGCGCGCCCCUUUCUCUUGAAGCAGAAUGGAGUCCGGCAUUGCGCCUACACAGCCUCGAGGAAAAAUCUCUACAUCGAUAAAAACACAAAGGUUAUUUGCCAAGGUUUCACUGGCAAGCAGGGCACCUUUCACAGCCAGCAGGCAUUGGACUAUGGCACGAAUCUGGUCGGAGGAACAACGCCGGGGAAAGGAGGCAAGACGCACCUGGGCCUGCCUGUCUUCAACACUGUGAAGGAGGCCAAGGAGCAGACGGGAGCCACGGCUUCCGUGAUCUACGUCCCUCCUCCGUUUGCCGCCGCUGCAGUGAAGGAGGCCGUGGAUGCCGAGAUGCCCCUCGUCGUGUGCAUCACAGAAGGGAUCCCCCAGCAGGACAUGGUGCGCGUCAAACACGCCCUGGUGCGGCAGGGGAAGACCAGACUCAUCGGCCCCAACUGCCCCGGAGUCAUCAACCCCGGGGAAUGCAAAAUCGGCAUCAUGCCUGGCCACAUUCACAAGAAAGGAAGAAUUGGUAUUGUGUCUAGAUCUGGUACCCUGACCUAUGAAGCAGUUCAUCAGACAACUCAAGUUGGCCUGGGCCAGUCGUUGUGUAUUGGGAUUGGUGGUGACCCCUUUAAUGGAACAGAUUUCAUUGACUGCCUCGAUGUCUUUCUGAAAGACCCAGCCACAGAAGGUAUCAUCCUGAUUGGCGAGAUUGGUGGCAAUGCUGAAGAAAACGCAGCCGCGUUUUUGAAAGAACACAAUUCAGGUCCAAAUGCCAAACCUGUUGUGUCCUUCAUUGCCGGCCUGACUGCUCCUCCAGGAAGGAGGAUGGGUCAUGCUGGGGCCAUCAUUGCCGGGGGCAAAGGGGGAGCGAAGGAGAAGAUUGCAGCCCUGCAGAACGCUGGGGUGGUCGUCAGUAUGUCCCCUGCCCAGCUGGGCAGCACCAUAUACAAAGAGUUUGAGAAGAGGAAGAUGUUAUGAAAGUGAGAGAAAAGCCUUGGAAUGAAUCACUGUAGAAAUGUGAACCAGCAGUUGCCGGCACCCCGCAUAGCUGUUGUCCACUCGGCGUCUGCCUCACGACGGCCUCCCUGUCUGGCAGGAAGCUCUGUGUGACCUCUGGGUCGGCCUCCACUCAGAUGUAUUUUCCUGAUUGUACAUCAGUCACAUAAUAAAUCUUUUAUUUGAUUGGAA